UCAAAAAAGUAAUGUUGAAAUUCCAUAAUGAUUCCCUCUCCUUUUAAUAUCAUGUAUUAUUUCACACCUAUCUAUAUAUACACAUCAAAUAUUUAAGAGAAAUUGCAACACAAUUCAAAACAAAACAAAACAAAUCAAAACAAAACAAAAGAAUAAGGUAAAAUGGCUGAAGCAAAGGAAAUUUGGUCAGCACCAAUAACACCAAGAACAGGAAAUUCAGUAAUGGGAACACCAAUUGUGUCAUCACCACCAAUUUCAUGUCCACCUUCUCAGCUUCAUUCACCAUCACUAACAAGAUCACCACUUCUUCAAUCAGAAAAUGGUGAUGCACCAAAUCCAAAGAAUAAGACUCCAAAGACACCUAGAACACCAAGAAUGUCUUUGACACCAAGGUUUAUUACUCCUUUGGGAAGUCCUAUGAGAAAAGCUUUGAGAUUAACAAAACUUGAUCCUCAAGAUGCUUGGUUACCAAUCACUGAAUCAAGGAAUGGUAAUAAAUAUUAUGCUGCUUUUCAUACUCUUUGUUCUGGAAUUGGAAUUCAAGCUCUUGUUCUUCCUGUUGCAUUCACUAUUCUUGGUUGGACAUGGGGAAUAAUAAGUUUAACAAUAGGGUUCAUAUGGCAACUUUACACAUUAUGGUUACUUGUUCAUCUUCAUGAAUCAGUGGAGAAUGGUAUUCGCUACAGUAGAUAUCUUCAACUCUGCUUUGCCACAUUUGGUGAGAAAUUGGGGAGAUUGGUAGCUUUAUUUCCAAUAUUGUACCUAUCAGCUGGAACAUGUACAACAUUGAUUAUCAUUGGAGGAUCAACAGCUAGGACAUUCUAUCAGGUUGUAUGUGGUGAUUCAUGCACUGCAAAACCUAUGACUACAGUGGAAUGGUACUUGGUAUUUACAUGUGGAGCUGUGGUUUUGUCUCAGUUACCAAACUUGAAUUCUAUUGCUGGAAUUUCCCUUAUUGGAGCUGUAACUGCUGUAGGGUAUUGUACCUCUAUUUGGGUUGCCUCUGUUGCACAAGGUGCCUUGCCAGGUGUGAACUAUAAUCCUGUGAAGGGUGAAAACAGUGUUGAAAAUGCUUUUAGUGUUCUUAAUGCACUUGGUAUCAUUGCCUUUGCCUUUAGGGGUCACAAUCUCAUCCUUGAAAUUCAGGCUACUAUGCCUUCAAGUGAGAAGCAUCCAUCACAUGUGCCCAUGUGGAAAGGAGUGAAGGUUUCUUACACAAUAAUUGCUGCUUGUAUAUUUCCCUUAGCUAUUGGUGGCUAUUGGGCUUAUGGCCAACUGAUCCCUGCAAAUGGAGGAAUGUUGACGGCCCUAUACCAAUUCCAUUCUCACGACGUAUCAAGAUUUGUACUCGGAUUAACGAGCUUUUUCGUAGUAGUGAAUGGUUUGUGUUCAUUCCAAAUAUACGGCAUGCCAGCUUUCGAUGACAUGGAAUCACAAUACACAAAAAGAAUGAAGAAGCCAUGUCCAUGGUGGCUCCGAUCGAUUUUUCGGGUUCUCUUUGGGUUUAUAUGUUUCUUCAUAGGAGUGGCAAUUCCAUUUUUGUCAAGCUUAGCUGGUUUAAUUGGAGGAGUAGCAUUGCCAGUGACAUUGGCAUAUCCAUGUUUUAUGUGGCUCAAAAUAAAGAAACCAAAGAAGUAUAGUGUAAUGUGGUAUCUCAAUUGGUUCUUAGGAACAUUUGGGAUUGGUCUAAGUGCCAUAUUAAUUGCAGGUAGUAUUUAUGUGAUUAUUGAUACUGGUGUUAAUGUGAGUUUUUUCGACCCUCAGUAGUUUCAACCAAAGAGGAAAUGAAUUACUAGGGAAAUUAUAUAUGUAUGAAAUUAGGAAGAUUAUGUAGUUGUGGUUGGAAUUUUUUUUUUAUAUUAGAAAUUCAAAUUUGUGUAGCACUAAGCAAACUCAAUAAAAAGUUGUCAGUGUAUAUGUAGCAUAAAUUAUGACAUAAUUUGUUUGAAGAAAUAGAAAAAUAUUGAGAAUGUCCAUGUCAA